AUGGCAACCAAAUACGCCGCAUCUCACGAAGCCCCUAAUGGCCCUGGGGACAGUCGUCCUACCGCCUUGCAAAUCAUCGAGGACGAGGGACUUGAAGGGAAAUUUGCCGACAAAGUUUUCCUCAUCACGGGAUGCUCCUCCGGUAUAGGAAUUGAGACCGCGCGCGCUCUGUCCAAGACAGGUGCCAGGAUCUUCGUCACUGCCCGAGAUACCCAGAAGGCUAAGGCGGCACUGGGUGAUCUUCUGGAAUCAAAUCAAGUACAACUUCUAGUGCUUGAUCUCAGCUCUCUAGCCAGCAUUCGUGCCUGUGCUGCCGAAUUCCUGUCGCAGAGCCAGAAACUGCAUGUUCUCAUCAUGAACGCUGGAGUCAUGGCGACACCCGAGAGCCGAACAGUAGAUGGGUUCGAAAUGCAACUAGGUGUCAAUCAUUUGGCGCAUUUCCUGCUAUUCCAUCUGCUGAAACCUACCUUACUCGGCUCAUCUACCCCAAACUUUCCGUCGCGUGUUGUUUUCGUCUCCUCUAGUGGGCACCGUAUGUCAACUGUUCAUUUAGAGAACCUUGACCUCGACGGUGAAUACGAACCUUGGAAAGCAUACGGACAGAGCAAGACGGCUAUGAUCUGGACCGCCAACGAAGUUGAACGUCGGUAUGGAUCUAGCGGCCUUCAUGCCUUCAGUCUGCAUCCCGGGGGUAUUGCAACUGGCCUGCAACAGCAUCUUCCAAAAGAGGUCAUGGAGGGUUGGGCAAAAGAUGAGUCAUUUGCGCGCAUUUGGAAGAGCCCCGAGCAAGGCGCCGCGACGACAGUCUGGGCAGCCGUUGCAAAAGUUUUGCAUGGCAAGGGGGGGAAAUUCCUAGAAGAUUGCCAAAUCGCUGGGCCUCACAUCCCAGAGACGGGCCUUCUGGGGUUGGGAUACGCACCAUGGGCCUACGAUGAGCAAAAGGAGGCGGAGCUUUGGGAGCGCUCUUCAGAACUUGUAGGCUUGGACAAGGACAACUGA